UCUUUACAGGAUGUGAUAUUUAUUUCAUUUUUUAUAUUGCUUCCUAUUAUUCGUUUUAACUAGAUAAUAACAUUUAAUUUUAAUUUAUGCUAAAUUUAAACAGUUUUAAAUACAUAAUUACGACAUAACAUGGUUGAUAAUGUGUCAUUAAACGAUUAUUUUAUAUUUUUACACACCUAUGGGCCCAAGAAUUUUCAUGUUUAAGAACAAUCUAAUGGUAAUCAGUUAGUAGUCAUAUUUUUUUAUAUAAUUCAUAAAAAUGUCAGAUGAUGAUGACAAGCCACCAGCUCCUCCGGUCCGUCUAACGAGUAACAGUUUUAGAGUUGCUCGUGGGGAUUCGGUACCAAAUUUGGACAUUAUGCGGCCAUUACCAAAAGAACCAGAUUCUGACCACAAAAAGAAAACUUCUAAAAGCCGUGUCACUGGUAAACUGAAAACACGAGGUACUGGAUCUGAAGAUAAACCAGAAAUAUCUUAUCCGACUAAUUUUGAACAUACCAUGCAUGUAGGCUUUGAUGCACAUACUGGCGAGUUUACUGGUAUGCCAGAAGCAUGGGCUCGACUUUUAAUAACAUCAAAUAUAAGCAAACAAGAACAAAAAAAGAAUCCUCAAGCUGUUCUUGAUGUGCUUAAUUGGUUUGAUAACUCUAGUAAACAAUCAAAAACUUCCAAGUAUAUGACCACAGCCACAAAUAUUGUACAAAAUAGUACUCCCCCUACUGAAGUAUUAGUGCGUGGUGCACACAGUGGAGGUAGUUCAUCGUAUUCUGGAGUCAGUAGCAGCCAGCCUUCUUCAUCAACAGGUAGCACUAGUCCCUCACUGACCACAACUCCCACAACAGAUGAACAAACAUCUCCCCCACCACCUGUAUCUGUACGUCCUGAACGUACAAAAUCUGUGUAUACCAAACCAAUAGAAGAAGAUGAGCCUAGGUCCAUCACCCAAGAAGAACCUAAAGUAGUUUCACCGGUUCCACUUCACCGGCCUAGUCAAACAAAUGGAACUGUACCAGUAUUGGAUAAAAAUAAAAAUAACACUACUGCAACUAGUCGUAAAAAAGUUGCUGAUAAUGAAAUAUUAGAACAACUAAAAACAAUAGUAACAGUAGGUGAUCCAAAUAGAAAAUAUACCAAGAUGGAAAAAAUUGGACAGGGAGCAUCUGGUACAGUUUACACGGCUAUUGAAACGUCAACUGGUAUGGAAGUGGCUAUAAAACAAAUGAAUUUAGGUCAACAACCAAAGAAAGAACUUAUUAUUAAUGAAAUACUAGUCAUGCGAGAAAAUAAACAUGCAAAUGUUGUGAACUAUUUAGAUAGUUAUUUAGUACAAGAUGAACUCUGGGUUGUAAUGGAAUAUUUACCAGGCGGUAGUUUAACAGAUGUUGUCACAGAAACUUGUAUGGACGAAGGUCAAAUAGCGUCUGUAUGCCGAGAAGUACUUCAAGCCCUUCAGUUUUUACAUUUCAACCAAGUUAUACAUAGAGACAUUAAGUCUGAUAACAUUUUACUUGGAUUAGAUGGUAGUGUUAAGUUAACUGAUUUUGGAUUUUGUGCUCAAAUUUCACCUGAGCAAUCCAAACGAACUACAAUGGUCGGUACACCGUAUUGGAUGGCACCAGAAGUAGUUACACGUAAACAGUAUGGUCCUAAGGUAGACAUAUGGUCAUUAGGUAUAAUGGCUAUUGAAAUGAUUGAAGGUGAACCACCAUAUUUGAAUGAAAAUCCCUUAAGGGCGUUGUAUUUAAUUGCAACCAAUGGAAAACCAGAGAUCAAAGAAAAAGAAAAAUUAUCUCCAAUUUUUCAAGACUUUUUGGAUCAGUGCCUUGAAGUUGAGGUUGAAGAUCGUGCAUCAGCCUCUGAACUUUUAAAACACCCAUUUUUGAAGCUUUCCAGACCUUUAGCCAGUCUGACUCCUUUGAUAAUGGCAGCGAAACAAGCCGCCAAGGGUCAUUGAUACUUAUGGUCAAAUAUUUGGAUCAAAUCCAGCCAUAUUAUUUUAUGAAACAAUGUCAACUAUAAAUUGUAUUGAUCGUUUUAUUAUUUUAUACUUAUAUAACAUUAAUUAACAAUUAUUAUUAGUUAUGAUCAGAAAUAAUGUUUAAAUACAUUCUAUUUUUUACAUAUCUUCAGCCUGUGGUGCUUUAUCUUCUUCUUCUCUUUCUAAAAACAUUUUGAACAUGUAUUAUUGUACAGUCAUUUUUUGUUAUUUGAUAAUUUAAUUAACGUUUCAGACUUGUGUUAAAUCACCAUUAUUUCUGACAUAAUAAAUAAUAUGUACAAAAGUGUAAUACACACUUUAGUACAUAAACAUUUUAUUUAUUUUAUUUUUAGGUAUUGUUUGUGAGUUUUAUUUAUUUAUAAUUUUAAUUGUUAAAUUAAUAGUAUUUUUAUUAUUUAUUCUCAUCUAAUCAAAGCUUUAUUAUAUAUUCCGUACUGAAUUACAUUUACAUAAUAUAUAUUUUAGAUUUAUUCAAUUUUUAAAAUUAAGUUUUAUUUUAUUAAAACCUUAAUUUUUUAUACAUGCAUGUAUAAUAAUAUCUAUAUUACAUAUAUUUAUAGAAAUAGAUAAUUUGUAAUGUUAAAUAAACACCGGACGUUCGAUAACAGCAGGACAUUAAAGUGAAAUAAUCACAAACA